AUGAAUCACUCUGGGCCUGAGAAGCGCGAGCAGAAGUUCGUGCUCGACUGCAUCGCUGUCAGUUCGGUUGCGCUCGGGUAUGAACACAUGCGCCCCCGGCUCUGGUCGGUGCUCCCCGGGUACGACGCACGCAAUGACCCCCACGCUGCGCGCUAUACGACCACCCCAUCGGUGCAGAGGGUCCCACAGAAGACCACCCCGUCGGUGCAGAGAGUCCCACAGAAGACCACCCCGUCGGUGCGGAGGGUCCCGCAGAAGACCGAGAACAAGGAACUGAAGAGCGCCGCUGCCCAAAAGUCCCUAGACCUGAGGAACACUUCCGGAGCAGGUCACUCCCGAGAGCAGGUGAGCAACCACAGUGGUCUCAUGUCGGACAUCAAGCCGCUGAUAGGCUACAACGGGCGGUUUGGGUUUCGGCGCAACACGCCCAACCUCCGGCGGAACCCGUCCAGCUUCGGAGAGGUGACCACGUUCCAACUCCAUUGA